AUGGACGCGUUCAUGCUGCUUUGCGUGCUCGCCGUCGUCCUCCCGUCACUGUACAUCUACACGGCAUCGGUGGUCUCGGCGCGCUUCCCAGCGCUGCGCAACAAGCGCAUUUGCUUGCUGAUUGCGCACCCCGAUGACGAGGCCAUGUUCUUUGCGCCCACUGUGAUGGCGCUUGCCAGACCAGAAACGGGCAACCAUGUCAAGAUCCUCUGUCUAAGCAGCGGCAAUGCCGAUGGCCUGGGCGAGACGAGAAAGCGGGAACUGGCCAAAUCGGGCCUGAUCCUCGGCCUACGCAAAGCCGACGACGUCUUUGUCGUCGACAAGCCCGAGUUCCCCGACAGCAUGAGCACCACCUGGGACAGCGCCAACAUCUCGACCCUGCUGUGCUCGGCCUUUGCGCCGAACCUCGCCCGCUCCCGCGACAGCGACGCCGCCCCGGCCGCUUCUAUUGACGUGCUCAUCACCUUCGACGCCGGCGGCGUCUCGGGCCACCCGAACCACAUCUCGCUGUACCGCGGCGCCAGGGAGUUCGCUGCGGCGCUGGUGGCCGGCAAGCCCGGCUGGGCGCCGCCCGUGGAUCUCUACACGCUCACUUCGGUGCCUCUUGCACGCAAGUACACGGCAUUUCUGGACGUGCUGGCCACACUGGCGAGCUGGGCUAUCGGCGCCGAUAAGACCGACAAGCAGCACCCCGGGGGCCUGGUCUUCCUCAGCGGACUGGCGGGACAGGGCAGCAUCAUGACGGCGUGGAAGGCAAUGGUGUCGGCCCACAAGAGCCAGAUGGUUUGGUUUCGCUAUGGGUGGAUUUCGCUGAGCAGAUACAUGUACAUGAACGACUUGAGGUUAGAGAAGGUCCGGGGUCGUUGA